AUGCAGAGUCGGCGAUUUGAGACGUCCCCCCUGAGUCGGUACCUUGGCCGUGUGUACAAGACUCGUCUCAUCGCCGGUCUGGAGGCAUCACCGGCUUGCCUGCCUGCCCAACCGUUGUCACAGCCUGGUGGUCUUCAAUUAAUCGAGGUCGAGGGAACCGGCUUCGUGUCUCGCCUCCUGUCGCACGACGCGGAUGAUUCAAUCUGCUGGCUUGACGACAGGCGCUUCUUAGCCGAGGGUUAG